UUCAAAUUAAUAAUUUAUAAAGAGUUUUCAAAUGAAAAGACUUUAUAGCCUUUUUAGUCUUUGUUACGUUCGCUGUUUGUUCCCUGCUUAAAACAGCUGUAAAAAUACCUCAUUUAAAAGCAGUUCAUAUCAAGCUCGAUUCAAAUUUUACAUAUAGAUGCUCAGCCGUUCGAUCGAAGCGCCUCCUGUUAAAUGGCACGGUCAUGUUGCGAACCACACCAGUACAUUGAGAGCAGUCGCAUUGGCCAGAAUUGGUGCAUCGUGACAAAGUUCGCUCAGCCGUUUAAAAGUAGUCAAUAUGUCCCUGUUACCAUUACUUUUCUCCAACUGGUGGGAACACCUGGAACGUCCCCAUCGAAUGCUGGGUCAAGAUUUCGGUCUCGGGGUUAACAUGGGGCGUUUAAACGACAGUGUUCCGAAAUAUUCCAUGGCUUAUUACAGGCCAUGGGGCGGCGAAAUGUUGCGACGAGAGAACGGGGGUGCAUCGACCGUGAAAGCCGACAAGGACAAGUUUCGUGUGGACCUCGACGUGCAACAAUUCUCACCUGAUGAAAUUAACGUGAAAGUGGUCGACCAUUUUGUGAUCGUCGAGGGAAAACACGAGGAGAAGCAAGACGCGCACGGUUGGAUUUCCAGACAGUUCACGAGGAAGUACAUGAUACCUGAACAAUGUGACAUCGACCUGGUGUCGUCGAAGCUCUCCUCCGACGGUAUCCUCUCCAUCAUCGUACCUCGAAAACAGCAACUAACUUCCGAGGGUGAAAGAGUAAUCAACAUCGAGCAUACCGGCAAGCCGGCUGAAGUGCGUCAAACCGAGGAAGACAACAAGAAGGAGGAGGAGGAGGAGGAGAAAGCAGAGUAAUAAGUUCGCGAAGUUUUCUGCAAACCUUCCUAAUUGUUGCAUUAUUGUACACGCAUUUUGUAGCUCCUAACGCGAGUAUUUAUUCGAUGUGAUAUUUAUAAAUGUAUGCCUUUUAAUAAAUGUAGCGAUACAUUCCUCUUACGUGAGAACGCACCUUUAUGGUGCAAUAGACUGACUACGGUUUAUCGACUUUAUUCGAUACCUAUGGUAUCAUACUAUUUUUCUGGUUUUAUUUUCUUAUCAAUAAACGUAGUUUUGCCUUAUCUUAUUUUGUAUUGUUCUUUUUCGAAUAAACUACGAGUUAUAGAA